AGUGACGUAGGCAGGGGCGGGGCCUCGGACUUGACUUGUGCACGGCCACAUCCAGUAGUCACUUCCUUCUGGCUUUUUACGUCGCUGCUGCAGUUAGGGGCCGCUGCUGACAACGUGAGCUAAUAUGGGGAACCGAGUGGGCCGAGAGGACUAUGAAUGGGUCUACACGGACCAGCCGCACGCCGACAGGAGGAAGGAGAUUCUGGCUAAACAUCCAGAAAUCAAGUCAUUGAUGGGUCCAGACAGGAGGCUGAAAUGGAUUGUGUGCACGAUGGUUGUGAUACAGUUCUUAGCUUUCUACCUGGUCAAGGACUUGGACUGGAAGUGGGUUUUGUUUUGGACAUAUGCGUUUGGCAGCUGUAUCAACCACUCCAUGACCCUUGCCAUUCACGAGAUCUCGCACAAUACUGCCUUUGGAAACAACAAAGCCUUGUGGAACCGCUACUUUGCCAUGUUUGCCAACCUGCCCAUCGGCUUGCCUUACUCUGCCUCCUUCAAACGCUACCACCUGGACCACCACCGCUACUUGGGGGGAGACGGCAUUGAUGUAGACAUCCCAACAGAGUUUGAGGGCUGGUUCUUCUGUACACGCUUUCGCAAAUUUAUCUGGAUUAUUCUGCAGCCGUUGUUCUAUGCCAUCCGGCCCCUCUGCAUCAACCCCAAGCCAUUCAGCCAGCUGGAGUUGACAAAUGUGGCAGUCCAGCUCACAUUUAACUUCCUGCUGUACUGGAUGUGGGGUGCAAAACCUGUGGUCUACAUGCUAGCUGGCUCCAUGCUGGGAAUGGGCCUGCAUCCCAUCUCUGGCCACUUUAUUGCUGAGCACUAUAUGUUCCUCAAGGGCCACGAAACCUACUCGUACUACGGCUGCCUCAACCUCCUCACCUUCAACGUGGGCUACCACAAUGAGCACCAUGACUUCCCCAGCAUCCCCGGACGGAGGCUUCCUUUGGUAAAGGAAAUGGCGCCAGAGUACUAUGAUGAAUUGCCUCAGUACACAUCUUGGGUGAGGGUCCUUUAUGACUUCAUCAUGGAUGACACGCUGAGCCCUUACUCUCGGGUCAAGAGGAAGUUAAAGGGGGAUGUCAAACAGGAGUAACAUCUCUGAGAGCUUCUCCAGACCAAAGCUGCAGUAACCACAUGACUGAGGCCUUCUCCCAUUUCUGAACUUCUAACCCUUUUUACAUAUAUUCUGCUCCCAGAGUCCAGGUGAAUGUUGUUGUUGUUUUUCACAGAUGGCGACAAAGAAAGAAAGAACAGACAGGUUGUGUUGAAGUGAGAUUAAAAACGUUUGUUACUGAGAUAUUUACUUGGACUUGAUGCAAGAUGACCGGACCUGUGCUCAGAAACAUUUGUUCUCUUAAAGACCAUGGAGGUUUCUUUUGGCAGUGGGGUUGUGUUAAGUACUAAUACGUGGCUGACAUCUGAGCUGCAUUGGACUGGAUGUGUGCUUUUUUUUUUUUUUUUAUUCUGAUCAAGCUAAAGGGGAAAUUGUUAUAGUUAAAUCACUGACACUUUAAACCUUGAGGAAACAUCUGUCCGUGUCUGCCCUUCAAGGGUUUGUGUUGAUUCUAUUUUUGGCAAUUGAUUUGGACAUAGCUUAGCUUCUUUUCUAAUUAGUCAUAACAGCAUUGCUGCGGUUCUACUAGCUCUAAUUGGACAGCUGGAGAAACGUAUAAAAAGCUGCCGGACCAGUGGUUGCUGUGGUGAUUUCCAUCUCUUCUGGAUAUACAGCAACAAAGAAUGGAAAUUGAGCUUAAGGCAAAAUUUGUAAUGUACAUAAGGUCCGGAACCACAGAUGAGCAAAUGUUGCAUGGCAUCUGUGGUGUUAAUCGUGUAGGAGAUAAGGCAGGUCAAUGAGGCUCUGCCACACUAUCUAGGUGAAUAGAUCUGUAAACGUUAAACUGCAGCUGUAAAAACACUAUAAACCAAUAAUGCUGAUUCAGUCAGCUGAAGUCCAACCGUCUGUAAGUUUCUAAAGAAUAGCUGACCUGUUGAUUCCCAAGGAAGCCUGAGUGUUUUUACCUCUGGGUUCUCUGAAAUCAGCGGUGGCUGGGUUAACAAACCCCAACACAUAAAGGAACCAAAAGCCCCCCCCCCCUCCCCCUCCCCAAGAUUAGUAAUAAGAAACAGAAGUGCCACAUUCAAACAUGGUUCAUCGUCUCCAACCAGUCAGGAGUGGCUCAGCUGUCUCCUUGGCCACUUGGUUCUGUGUACCAGACCCACAGACAUUUCUUGGUUUGAACUCGAUCAGAAAUGUUUAAGGUCCACUAACAGAUCAUUAAAAACUAGAUAUUGGCCCACAUCCCACAACCCCACUUGUGAAAAGUACCACAUGCAGCGUGCUCCAGGCUCUCAUAAAGCUGUUAGAACAGUAGAACAUUUUAAAUGAAUAAAAUUGGCAAUUAUGAAGGGUUUGACCAGAUUCAAAUCCUAAUAGGUCCGGAAACAUCUUGAUGAUGUUGUUGAAAACUCUUAAAUGUUAGAAAAAAAUCUCACCACUGAACUAGAAGGUUUUCUUUAAGACUUUGCUUUAGUGCUGAGUCAGCUGAUCUAUGCUAACCCUGGCUGCAAACAUUAAGGCCUCAGCGAAGCAUCUUCCUGGUGUCCAAAGGUCCGUGUGUCUGUGAUAAAGGACGGGUCUAUGGGUUUGCACUGCACCGAUGAUGCCCUAGGAGUUCCAGAUGUUAUCUGACAAAGGUCUUCAGGUGGGUGGCUCCAGUUCCAGCAAACAAAGCAUUCCACAAAUUCAUUUCAUGCGUCUAGGCGUACUCCGGGGUGAUGGCCUAUAGGUCCGGAAGCAUGCUCUGUAUGCGUGAGAUUUGCUGUGAAACCUCCUGAAGUGCACCGCUGCUUUGUGCAGCUUCUAGAAGCCUUUGCCACGCAACCCAAGUGGCUGACUUCCAGGCCGCCUUGUCCACUCUGUAUCGAGCUGCUCGGAUGAAGCAACCAAAUGUCCUUUAGUCUAGGUCACAAAUGUCUAGCACAAAGCAUCGUUGUUGCUAUGUUGAAGUGGGUGGGAUGUGUGCAUAUGAACUGAGGUUACUGCGAUGUAUUGCUGUCACUGGAAUCUUUGCCUGUUGCACAUGAUAUCUCUUUUAACAUUAUUUUUAACUUUUCUCCUAAAGCUAUAGCUACUAAUGUCUUGUUCUGUGGUUUCUGUUCAAAGCUGUGGGAUUUAGUGAAGCUGAUGCCUGAUCUUAUGUUGUUGGUGCUCUGCUUGCUCAGUUCAUUGAUUUCACGUUCAGUAUUGUGAUUUUUUAAUCCAAAGCAAUAAAACAAAUGCUAAUUUUCCUACAGUGGAAAUGGCUUCUCAGUUCAUUUGUUCCUGCAUAAUACCAAGGCCCGUUUUCACAAAUUCAAGACUAGUGAAAGUGAGAGAGCGACUCUGAGUAAGGAGACGACAGAAAUGUUCAUCUUAGUGAGGUGGUAGGCGAUGCAUCACACCAGCAAACUUGUAGAUGGUCAUUUAGGCUCUGGAUACUGACAUCAUCUACAGCACAGUAAAUACUUUCUCACCUCUUACAGCAUAUCUUGAGUUUGUAGAAUUUUUUUUGCAACCUUUUCUGAUUAUCCUAAAAUGUUUUGAGAGGAUUGUAGUCUGUAAAUAAUAUAAAAAAUCUGUACUAUAUUGUUUUUACAUUUCUCCACUUUUUAUUAAUUGAAUAUUUUUAUUUAUCAAUUAAAUUGCAUCACUAGCGCCGCACCUUUAACCCAUCAGGCCUCUAAAACAAAUUUAUUUUCCCUUACAGGGAUGAUAAAGUCUUUUAACUAAUAGCUGCUGUGUGCAUUUGUAUUCAAUUGCUUUCUUUAAUAAAAUCCAGUGAAACCUU